AUGGACGGUUAUAUGCAAAAUAACGAUCUUGAUACAAUAUCAAGUAGUAACAACAAUUUUAAUGAUAAUAAUGUUAUUGGUGAAAUACUUGAAAAAGAAGUUCAAUGGGAAUAUGCAAAAAGAGCUUUAGGAGCGAUAGGAGCACUUGGAGAAGCAUCAAAAGUUUUUGAUCAAUUGAUAACACAAAUUCAAGAAGUUAUUAAUCAGAUACAAACAAUCUAUGAAGCAACACAAUAUAACAAAAGAGUUUGUGAUUUGUUAAUGGAUAGAGUGGAAUGUUUAGAGAUUUCAUUAAGAACAUUGAAAAGAAACAAAGAAGAUUUUUCAAAAUCGUUUCUUCAACAACAUUAUUAUGACAAUUUCUUGAGGCUCAUCAAUAAUUUAAAUAAAAUUAAAAAAUUUAUCUCGGACAUUUCAUUGCUUAAUGGAUUAAGAAAAUAUAAUCAUAAUUUUUAUGAAAUAAAGAAUCAAUUUAAAGACAUUGUAUCAGAAUUUGAGAGAGUUGUUGAUCAAUUAGGUUUCAACUUGGGUUAUCUUUUAGAUGAACAACAUCGUAAAGACUCAGAUGCUUUAAAUGAAGAAAUUGAUGAAUUAAAAAAGUUCCUAGAUAUGGUUGGAGGAGGAAUCACAGGCAAAGAUAAAAAUAUAAAUCUUAUCUUUGAAACUAACACUCGAAUAAAACGUGUAAAAGUUGCGUGUAAAAGUUUUGAUUCAGACCAAAACGCGAGAUUUUAUAGUGAAUUGAUAUUGUUGGAGGAUUUGAAUAAAUCUGAAGACAUUUUAAAAUUUUAUGGCACGACAGAAAUACCGGCUUGGCAAGAUGAUCCAUGUUUAAGACCUGGAUUAUAUCAAGUUUUUUUAAAAUUAUACGAUUUACUACAAAAAUAUCAAAAUGAACAUCCAAAUGAAGUAUCAGCAGAUAUAAGUCAAAAAUUAAUCAUCAAGGAAGGCGGUCCAAAAACAAUAGACGAUGAUUCGUCGAUGAAUGUUGACGUUAUUGAUGAUAAAAAAAUAGAUUUCCAUGAUCCAGAUUUAGAUGUUUCUUCCAAUCUCGCUCAUCGUGCUUGCGUUUUCAUCAACUCAAAUGACAACCAAGUGAUCAAUAAUGGAUCUCAUCAUUCCUUUAUGAAACCACCUUUUCCGCCAAAAAUAAAUAUUAAAGAUUUAUUUAUUCGUCACAAGAGCCAAAAAACAAAAAUAACAUCCGCAUCUACCACAACCAGCCUCGAUGAUAAAUCCAUAUCUUCACUAAGAUCUCCAAAUGCGUUUAUUUUAUAUCGAACAAUGUUUUUUCAAACUGCAAGAUCGCAAGGAUAUCAAUUACCCAUGACGGUUGUAUCAGCAAUGGCUUCUAAAUUUUGGAAACAAGAACCAAAAUAUGUUCAGGAUGAAUAUAAAAGGAUUGCAAAAGAAGCUAAAAAAUUUCGUGAUGAACUGAUUCCAAGCAAUAAAAUUAAUCGACGUAAUAAGAAAAAAGAUGCUACAUUUGCACCUAAUACAUUUUCCAACUUUGAUUAUUAUUUGGAUAUGAUGAAUGAUCGUGAAUAUCCAAGUCCUGAUUUAUCCACCGGUAAUGAUAAUUUCGUCAAUACAAAUGAAUCAACAACUACAACGUUUGAUCAAGAUCCGGAUUUAAAUAUUUUCGGACUUCAAUAUCUCAAUUUUUAA